AUGACUAUGAGUAUAACCUCAAAGUUCAAACAGUAAAAAAAUUAUAGGUUACUUGCAAAGGUUUGCUGUUUACUGGUUUUUAUAUAAUACAUUUUUCGUUUAAACUAUGGCGAUUACAAAUAUGUUACGUCGCACAUUAAUAAAUGGCACAAUUUAUUCCGCUGCCGCACUUCGGUAUGCUUCCACUCAGCCGGAAAAAAAGGUUUUUUUCGAUGUAACCGCUGACGGAGAACCACUUGGUCGAAUUGUAAUGAAACUCAACACUGAAGAAGUUCCUAAAACAGCUGAAAACUUUAGAGCGCUAUGCACUGGAGAAAAAGGAUUCGGAUAUAAAGGAUCAUCGUUUCACAGGAUAAUCCCUGAUUUUAUGUGUCAAGGGGGUGAUUUUACCAAUCACAAUGGUACCGGUGGAAAAUCUAUUUAUGGUCGUAUGUUCCAAGAUGAGAAUUUCAAGUUGAGGCACACUGGUUCGGGUAUCUUAUCAAUGGCUAAUGCGGGACCUAACACAAAUGGAUCACAGUUCUUUAUUACCACCAUUCCUACGCCAUGGCUUGACAGAAAACAUGUUGUAUUCGGUUCUGUAGUUGAAGGAAUGGAUGUGGUGCGUAAAAUGGAAGGACUUGGAUCCAAAAGUGGAAAACCAGCUAAGAAAGUUGUGAUUGCCGAGUGUGGUGAGUUAAGUGAGGAAUAAAUCCUAAAAAAUAUAGUUCCUGCCAUAAAUCAUAACAUCAUGUAGAUCAGAAGUAUUACCACAAUCGAAAAAUCCUUGAAAUUUUUAGUGAAAUAAUCACUAGAGACAGGGCAAGAAUAAUAAUUAUUGUUCUUGAGAAGCAGUAAUAUGUAUAUACCCAGAUUGUUUUCUAGCAACAAUACUUUUUGGAUGAGUGCCACCUGUUUAAUUGAUUUGUUGUAAUAAGAUUUAUUCUGUGGUGUUACUUCAGUAGUUGUUAUAAUGUAGACAGUGUAGAUAGUAAGUUUAAAUUAGAUUUAGAAUUAUCUAAAAAAAUAUUAUUAAACUAGUGUAAAUAGAAUUCAAUAAUAGUAAUGUUAUGUUUCAUUAAAACUCCAGGUAACUGUGAUGAGCAAAAUACAUAAUUUAGAAGAUGACAACAAAAUAAUGUAUGUUUUUUGUUAAGCUUCAAAUAUGUAUGCUGGGCAGGAAAUAAAACUGUUAUAUAAAAUAAG